AUGCCGUCCAGUACUGACGAGGCGCAAGCGCUCGGCCAUUCAGAGUUUUGGGACCAACGGUACGCAAAGGCCGACGGAACCAAGCCAACACAUGAGUGGUUUCGCGCUUUCGAGGACUUAGAGCCGUUCUUCAAGAAGCAUCUGUUCGACAAGACGAAGGAGGAGGGGAAGGAUGGCAAAAUUCUUCACUUGGGCAGCGGCGAUAGUACCGUCCCAUACGAUCUCCUAAAGCGGGGCUACACGAACCAGCUCUGCAUUGACUUUUCCUCAAUAGUCGUCGAUCUGAUGAAAUCGCGACACUCAGAUGAACCUCAAGUAGAGUGGACAGUUGGUGAUGUACGGGAUAUGAAAGGUAUCGACAGCAACUCUGUGGAUGUCGCCUUUGACAAAGGCACACUGGAUGCCAUGAUCUACGGCAGUCCAUGGAGCCCACCCGAGGAGGUUAUGGAGAAUAGCGGCAGAUAUCUCAGUGAGGUCUGGAGGGUAUUGAAAGAUGACGGCGUCUUUCUCUACAUCACAUACCGCCAGCCACACUUCAUCAAGCCUAUCCUGAACCGGGACAACGAGUGGGAUCUUGAGAUGGAAAUCAUGGGUGGAGGCGACACUUUCCAGUACUUUGGUUUCAUCCUGAAGAAGUACACCGCAAGCGCGAAAUGA